UCUUGAGGAGUGUGUGUGUGUGUGUGUGUGUGUGGCAGAGAUCUGCGGCAGGCAGAGAUCAGUUUGACCGGCAGAAACAAAAAAAAAGGUAAAAGCAUCUGAUCUAUAGAGGAACAAUGGAGUUCACUAGACGAUACCUUCCCAUGGAAUGGGAGGAACGCUGGAGGAGAGACAAAGAGAAGAGGAAGAGGGUGAUUGAGGAGGGAGGGGAGAAGAUAGAAGAGGAGAACAGAAGGCUCCAGUGGAUCAAGGCCUACAAUGACAACAGAAUGGGUGUGAAACACAGUGUGUGGCAAGAAUGCACAGGCAAAUACCGCAUCCCAGAGGACAAAGCUGCAGGGAUCAAGGAUAGGACAGGCUGUGGAGGAAUUAAACAGAUAUACCACAGUGCCACCUACACAAAGCAAGUGUUUCAGACUCUGGAGAACUUCAGGCACUGCUCGCUGCUUACUGACCUGACUCUAAGCACACAGGAUGGGCAGAGUCUCCGUGUCCACUCCCCUGUCGUAGCUGCGGUGAGCUUCCUGGUCCAGCAGAAACUGAAGGAGCAAGUUGGAGACUCUAGCAGGGAGAUCCAGGUCCACUUAGGCCCUGAGGUGACCCGUCUGGGCCUUGAUGCAGUGUUGGAAUUCGCCUACACAGGAGCCUUAACGUCUCUUAGCAGAGACAUGGCUACUCGGGUCCAGAUUGCGUCUCAUGCACUGGGGGUGCCGAGAGUUCUGGACCUUAUUGAAGAGGAAGAAAGGGAAGAACAAAAGGACCAUGGAGAUAAGGAAGGAGAGGAGAAGAAGAAGAGAAUGUCUGCUUCAGAACAGCUGGACAUUAGUCUACAGGCCAUCAAACAGCUGUGGACUGAGAAUGUGGGCUGUGAUAUUGUGCUGCAGGCUGAGGAGAAAGAAUUCACGGCCCAUCGUGUGAUUCUGGCGGCCAGCAGUGACUACUUCCGGGGCAUGUUUGCAAGUGGCAUGCGGGAGUCUCAGGAGCGCUCUGUCUCUUUGCUGUGCCUUGGUGAUGAGGAGCUGGAGGCCUUCCUGCACUGCUCCUACAGUGGGACUUUGGAGCUCACCUGGGACUGCAUUUUUGAUCUGGUCUGCUCGGCCCUCCAGUUCCAGAUCCAGCCCGCCCUCACUCUGUGUCUUGACUUCCUCGAGCGGGAAAUCAAUGCUGAUUCGUGUCUUGACGUGGCGUCGUUUGCUGAAGCCUACGGCAUGGGAGACUUACUUGAACUAGCCGACGACUAUAUUCUUAGACACUUUCUGGAGGUGUCGACCGUGCCCAAGUUCCAAGACCUUUCCGCAGAGAAGCUUCUGGAAUACCUGCGCUGUGAUGGCCUGUGCGCUCCCUCUGAGUUGACGGUGUUCCGGGCGGUUGUGUCCUGGCUGGAGGCCGACCUCGCCGAGAGGCUUCCUCAGGCCCCGAAGCUGAUGACGGGCGUGCGCUUCCCUCUCAUGACCUUCAGGGAGUUCCGAGAGGUGCGGGACAUCAACCUGAGCAUGGAGUGCAGCACGGAGGGCGAGGUCGAGCUCUACAGGACGGCGUUUAAGGACUUUGGCUUCGGGAUCUCCACCUUGGACGAUUGCUUCCGGGUGCGCCGUCCCAAGGACACGCUGGUGCUGAUUGGUGGGGACCAGCUCGAUCAGGACAUGGGCAUGCGGAUUCCCAGCAGGCAGCUGUGGUUCGCCAACGCCUUGCGGAACAGAAUUGGCCUCGUAAAGGACAUCGAGUGGAGGAUGCUAGGGGAGAUUCCUGAGCAGCCCCACUUUCGACACGGAGCAGCUGUACUCGCGGGAAAGCUCUACGUCAUUGGUGGGUGUCAUUUUUAUGCAAAGAAUGACACCAUGAAAUCAGGAUUCUGCUAUGACCCACUGCAGAACACAUGGCAAAAGAUAGCAGAUAUGCAUGAGCCGAGGAGCAAUUUCACAGCAGUGGUCAGAGAGAACCGCCUCUACGCUAUUGGAGGAGACAAAGACAUCAACACAAACCUGGACAGUGUGGAGGUCUACUGUCCAGACAGUAAUUCCUGGAGUUUUGCCCGACCUCUUGACCAGGCUCUCAGUGGCCAUGCAGCUGUCGUGUGGGAGGGCGAGAUCUUCAUCUCAGGAGGCCUGAACUGCGACUACAAGUGCUUGGUGUCCAUGUGCCUUUACCACCCAGAGAAGGGCACACUCUACCUGUCCGACAUGGCCCACGACCGUGCCCUGCACUGCAUGGAGUGCCUGGGUGGCCGUUUCUACAUAGCCGGAGUGUGCAACUUCCGGAAGUUCUACGCCAACCACCUGUCGUGCGAGGUGUACGACCCCUCCGCAGACUCCUGGUGCACCAUUGCGCCCCUGCCCAUCCCCCACGUUGGUGCAGCGUCGGCCAUUUUGGAGGAAAGGCUCUACAUCCUGGGCGGGUACUGCCAGGAGGACUACAGUGAUUCCAGAUUGGUGCACCGGUACGACCUGACCACCGCACGCUGGCUGAACGUGGGCAUAAUGCCUGGCCCCAACACAGACAUACGAGCCUGCGUGUUCCGCUUACCCACCGAACUGCGAAAAUGAGAAGGUCAGGCCAUGAGAAGAUUUUGUUUAGCCUACUUUAUGGCAUAUCGUCACUUAAAAGAAACACAAUGUAGAAAUUCCCUGUUUUAUCAAUUUUCAGGUACCCAUUUAGCACUGAGGGGAUACCCAAAUUGUGUAAAAUGGACUAAAAGGAUCACGCUCCUACUGCAACAUUACAUGUGCAAUACCAGCCAAGUCAGUGUAGCAUCAAAAUGAGCCGUUAUUUGAAAGUAAAAUACCUACAUUGUGUUGCUUUAGAGAAUGUUGUGGGUUUUAAAGCUGACUAGAGAUUUAAUACAUGACUAAAUAAAACAUUUUUUUAAGAACAGAUGUGGAUGCCACGUUGUUGCUAGAUAAUAAAGUCAUGAUGUAAAAUGACCCAAUUCACAUGUAAGGCAUAUAGGGAAGUUUGUAACACGCUACGCUUUCAUGAUUGUUCUCAUUUAAUUCAAGCAACUGAUUUUAAAAAAAAAUCCAGUUCAAUUUAUUUUUUGUUAUUUGUGAUAUGUGAGUGUGAAUGUGAAAUGUAACUUGCUUGAUGACAGGAUACUUUUUGUAUGCAUAUGAAAUGCUGACUUUCUCAAUUAGAUGUGUAUUUCUGGUUAAAGUCACACUUUACAGUUUUCAUAGAGAUUGGAAUAUUUUAGAUACAGUAUGUCGAAGAUGACAUAGUAACUAAAUUAUAAAUACAAAUGAUAAAUAAACAAACAGUCAUGUUU